GGUUAUAUGGCUAAUACACUCCCCGACGUGAGUAUAGGUAAGAUGGAAGAGAGUAGAAGAGAGUCCUAGUGGGGAAAGCAAGCUUGGUGGCGAUACGGGGUACGUAUCGAAGUAGGCACCUAUCUACCUAAGUACUACUUUGGAGCGUUCCUUUCUAUCUUCCCCUCUUUUGACUUUAACAAUUUCCUCUAGGAUAACCGUUAGCUUCAUUCGUCUUCCUUUCAUAGUUUGAAACACCUGGUUGCAUUUUGGAAAUAUCAACGUUACCAAAAACACUCUUCUCAAGCGACAAGGUCGGAUUGGAAACCAGAUGAGCAAUGGAGUCCCACUUAAGAACCUCACACUCCCUCUACUCACGUGACCAACCAACAUCCUAAACCAUGGCGAACGAAGGAUCUGGGUCUCAGAUCCAGGAGGCUACACCGAGUACCACGAUACCUGCGGAUAAAGCUAUAACGUAUAGAUUGCAAGGUGUACCCCCUAGGUUCAGCAAAAGCGGUCUAGAAGAUGCUCUUAAAUCAGCUCUAAAUCUUGAGGCUGGCGUCACAUUCAAGGUCAAAUCUCUUGCGGACGAUCCCUCUCCAGGAGUAUCUACGAAAAGAAUUGCCACUCUAGAUUUCUCACGGAAUCCAAAAAGAUUUUCCGAAAACCCUAUACGUGGAGGCUGGCCUAUUCAAAUAGGGGUUGAUGAUGUGAUCCAUUUCGAUACCUGUUUUCAAGGAUGGACGCCACUACACUCUACACCGGAUGACCAAUGCACCACUGACUUGAUUGCAGUAUCUGGUCUUGCAAGUCAUGCCUUCGGGUCGUUGAAGGCAAGAAACGGAUCGUAUAUGUGGUUGCGAGACGCCCUUCCUGUCCAGUUUCCUAAAAUGAGAAUUUUCAUAUAUGGAUUCGACUCCCAGUUGAAAGAAAGCGAGUCUACUCAGAACUAUGACGAUGUAGCAAACCGGUUCCAGACGAGCAUCAGAAAUAUAAGAACCUUUUCACGGGACAAUGAUGGGAGACCAGGCCCUAGCCAUCCAAGACCAAUCAUACUUCUCGGCCACAGCCUAGGUGGGAUUAUCAUUAAACUCACACUGUAUCGAAUGGCCGAAGGUGAUGAAUAUUCGGACCGAGUCAACCUGAUGUCUACCUGCGGAAUGCUUCUCUUCGGUGUUCCCAAUUAUGGAAUGGAAAUUAGCCACUUGGCUGCCAUAGUGGAAGAUUCGGCAAACCGGACCUUCGUCCAGCAACUAGACAAAACAUCAGACAUUCUGAAAAUUAUUCGAGACAAGUUCCCUUCUGUGCUUCCUUUCAAAGAUGCGAGAAUCUACUCCUUCUAUGAAACGAUGCAUUCACCGACCGCCAAGAUAGAGGAUGACGGCAAAUUGAAACUGACGGGGAAACCUGUCCAACUCGUCGACACCGCUUCCGCAACUUAUGGAAGACCUGGGGAAGAUGGUGGAAACCACAUACAUCCGAUUAACAGGAUCCAUUCAGAUCUAGUCAAAUUUACCUCUGAAUAUGACGAAGACUACAAGCUUGUCUUGGGUUGCCUCCGAGACAUAGAAAAGAACGCUUGCAGAAUCAUUAAGAAUAGAUUUAUCUCACCACGGGAUAUGAUUCGAUCCCUUGUAGACUCCGUAAGGAUAGGCAAGUUUAUGGAGGUACUAUCGACAGUUGAUCAAAACAAACACAAACCUACAUUACGGGCCUCUGCCGACAAACCAAACGCCUCCUGGGUCUUAGGAAAUGUGGACUAUCAACUUUGGGAGAACUCUAACAAUUUUUCGGACAGUCGACCCCGAGUUCUGUUGAUAACCGGGCCUCCUAAAUGCAAUAUACAUCAAGUCUUGACGUACAUUUCGAGCAUAACUGCACAGAAACCAAAACAUUAUGUUCUCUAUUUCACCCAUUCAGCCAUAAAUAAAGGAAAACCGACUUCAACACAGUUCAUCCAUACUCUCCUCUAUCAAAUCAUAAGCUUGUUGCCGGCAGACAAGCAGAUACCAGUCAUCAAAAGUUUCUUGAGCCACACUAUCGAAGGCAUUAUCAAGGAAACGAACGAUGAAAAUCAACUACUUCCACUUCUAAAGCAAAAGACUUCAAGUGGGAAGAUAAAUAUGAUCCUCAAUGAAGCGGUUGACCAAUGUCGGGCCGCUCUUUGUGAUGUUCUUACUGAUAUGAAUGAGUGCGAGAUAUUACUCGUUGUUGAUGGCUUGGUUGGAGCCGACACUAAGGAACACGACUUCCUGAAUAGUCUCUCUAUAUUCGUCAACAACCUACACCGCCUAAACCCAAAGGCUAAGACGUUGCUUACAAGCCAAGUUAAGGACGAGAUAAAGGGAUUUGGUACACUCCUUCAUAUUGAAUAUGACCAGGAAAGGCAAGAAUGUCUUCGUAGUCUACGCUUCGACAAUACUCGCUUCAAAAAUAUCUCGAAGCAGCAGUACGGCACUUUGGAAUGGUUUUGGUCCUCCCCAGAGUAUAAGGGAUGGUCAACUGCGGAAACCUCUUCCAUUUUGCUCAUACAAGGGAAACCUGGCAGUGGAAAAAGCACCCUUGCAAAGCAUUUCAAUGACAAUCUCAGAGAACGGGAACUGGCCACAGAGCCGGCUGUUGUAGCCAAGUAUUUCUAUAGUGCUAGGGAAGGCGAGCUCCAUACUAGUCACUAUAGUAUGCUUCGGUCGAUUCUUUUCGACAUCAUAGCUCAGGACGAGUCUUUCUUUUACCCAGCUUUUCAAUCUGAGUAUCGAAAGGAAUUGAAGGGGCGUACACCUGGCACGCCUCUUAACUGGCAAUAUAGUCGGUUGAAAGAAACACUCUUGUUGUUGCGGGAUCACAGUCCCGGAAAACAACUCUAUCUGAUUAUCGACGCAGUCGACGAGGCUGACGAUGAAGAUAGACGCGAUAUAUUCGGAAUCCUAUUUCGCAUCUGUUCUGAAGCCACAGGUUGUAUCCUGAAACUAUUCAUUGCUAGCCGGCCGGUAGGAGUACUCGAUCGUCUGGUUAUGAAAUACAAGAAUAUCGCCAAGGUUCUAACGCUACAGCAUUAUACACGGUCGGACAUUCGUAAUUUCACUUGUUCUUUCGUCAGAGAGCUUGAAUUCGAUGAAUACUACGAGGAAGCAGUUGAAUACAUUGUCAAGAAUGCACAAGGCGUGUUUGUCUGGGUCGAAUUGGUUCGAAGGCAACUCUUGAAGUUCAACGAGCAAGCGCGACCUAUUCAGGAUGUCCUUAAGUAUCUGAAAGGUCUGCCCCUUGAGUUGAAGGCCAUGUACAAACGCAUGUUACAGGAACUUCUGAGAGAAGAUGAGGACAUACUUAGGCGCAGUAGAACGAUAUUUAUAUUCGUUCUCUUUGCACGCCGUCCUCUCGCACUUGACGAACUAAUCCAUGCUACUUGCACUUGGGAUGAACAUCCAGAAUUUACGUCAUCUCAUACACUCCUCAACAACAUGGCUCGGGCAAAGCAAUUUUACAUCACUGUGUGUGGAGGGAAUUUCAUAGAAUAUAUUGAAGAGACUAAGACUGUUCAAGUUAUUCACCACACAGUCCGUGAAUUCUUUUUUACCGAUGAUGGCAUAUCAAAGUCCGUACUCUGGUCGAACAUAGAAGAUGCGCACAUUCAUAUCUCGAGAACAUGCUUACGAUAUAUUCAACUUUGGUCGAGUAGCUUACCUUACAUUGAUGAACGAACUCCACAGAUUCGAAGCCCUCCCUUUACUUCAUGGACUUCAACAAACUUUGAAGAUUGUGCGCAAUACUUUGAUGGGGCGAUUCUAACACUCUUUGCCUUGGACUAUCUCGGAUUUCACAUAAAUCGCUGCAGCGGGAAGAGUGCUGUACGAGAUGCCGUUUCGGAGUUCCUUGACAAAUUCACUAAUACUCCAGCCGCUUACCUUCUCAAUGGCUGGCCAAGUUCAUUUCUAAAACAAAGUUUCCCGAGUAUCAUAAACGAAAUUCAAGCAGACCGUUUUAUGGUUGAAAUGUUACAAGCUGCUUCAACAAAACGGUUUUAUACGACACUCCGAAUGCUACUAGUGGUUGGAUCAGGUAUCGUCUUAAGCAACCGGAAUGAACAGACAGCGUUGAAACUUGCGAUACAACGUGGGUGCAAGGUGUUAAAUAAUCUGUGGGGACAGCGGACGAUAGUACCGAAUCCGCCAACCCGUUAAUUCAUUUUAUGUAUUAUGAUGUAUAUUGUAUAAAUGCAUAAUAAGCUUUAAUUAUUAAUAUUAUAUUUUAUUAUUUAAAAAA